CGAAAUUAAUUUUGGGAGCGAUUUUUUAAGGUCGUUUUUGCCUUUUUCAAUAAUCUCAGAUCCUUUACAUCUGUGUAAGAGAGAAAUAUGGGAGCGUGUGUUUCCAAGUCUUCUGAUGCACCAGCCGGUUCCGGUGCUCAAUCAAAGGUUAAUACCAAUCUAAAGGCGUCAGGUCAGAGUCAUACUAAUACCACGAUCGCAAGAACUCGUCAAUCCGAGGCUGUUUCGGGUCCUGUGGUCAUUCCGGCCACCAAAGAACAUAACAAUUCUAGCGAUUCGAGUAAUGAUGAUUCAACUCGCUAUAACGAAAAGAACCAGUUGGGGAAUAGCGAAUCGGCCGGUUCCGGCCUCCCCACCGGUAAUAACAAUCAAGCUGGUAACCAGUUGAAUAAAGAAGUAAAGGUGUUGUUGUUGGGUUCUGGUGAAAGUGGAAAGUCUACCAUUGUUAAGCAAAUGAAGAUUUUACAUCAGAAUGGUUACAGCAAGGAAGAACUCUUGGAAUAUAAACCAUUUGUGUACAAGAAUGUCAUGGAUUGUAUCAAACUGAUAAUCAAUGCCAUUGUCGACUUGGAACCACAAUUGAUUCGCAAGGUCGAAGAUGCAAGUGAAAAGGACAAAGAUGACACUUUGUUGUCCUAUAAUGAUUUAAACGACAUACUCGAUUACGAAGUGAAUAUUAACUCCAAAGAUCCUUUCAACGAACAAAUUGCAUUAAAAAUUAACAAGGCCUAUUCCAACCCUAAAGUCAAGGAAUUCAUCAAGUAUCACCUGGCAGAUUUCUAUUUGAUUGAUUCUUCCAAUUACUUUUUAUCAGAUAUUAUGCGUAUCACCAAGAAGAAUUACAUUCCUACUACAAAUGAUAUAUUAAGAACCAGAAAGAAAACGUCUGGUAUUUAUGAUUUCAGGUUUCUGAUGGGUCCUGGUUUACCGAUCCAUAUGUAUGAUGUUGGAGGACAGAGGUCGGAACGUAAAAAAUGGAUCCAUUGCUUUGACAAUGUAACAUUAAUUAUAUUCUGUGUGGCCCUUUCUGAAUACGAUCAAGUACUAUUGGAAGAAAACAGUCAAAAUAGAUUGGAAGAAUCAUUAACAUUAUUUGAUAGUGUGGUGAACUCCAGAUGGUUUGCUCGGACAUCAAUAGUGUUGUUCUUGAAUAAAAUUGAUGUGUUUGCUGAAAAAUUACCAUAUUCACCUUUGGAAAAUUAUUUCCCUGAUUAUAGUGGAGGAAAUAACAUUAACAAGGCUGCGAAAUAUAUCUUGUGGCGGUUUACUCAAGUCAGCCGUUCAGGUCUUAACAUUUAUCCUCACGUCACCCAAGCAACGGAUACUUCUAAUAUCGAGUUGGUAUUUGCAGCCGUUAAAGAGACUAUCUUGGAGAAUUCUUUGAAAGACAGUGGUUUAUUGUGAAGACUCAUCCAGCAAGAAGACAAACCACAAAAUCAUUUCAGUUCACAUAAUAGUAUUUAUUUAUUCAGGUUUUUGUAAUAAGACAAUUAAUUGCAGUCGAGUUAUUAAGGCUUCUAUCUUACAUUAACUAUAAACUUUUUUACUCUGUAUGGGGCUCAGCCUUUUGUUGAGGUUCAGUUUUACCGUCGCCUUCAUUCUCGCGCCUUCUUGUGUAAUGAAGGUUGAAGUUUCCUCUAGCUCUUCCUCUAGCUCUACCCCUUCCUCUAGCUCUUCCUCCUCUUCCACCUCUCCCUCCUCUUCCACGGAAUGAAUUCUCAUGACCUUCAGCUCCAGAUUCGUUACCUUCCAAAUUCUCUGCCCUUUCAUGAUCGACAUUACCGGCACCCUCUGAUUUUAAUUUCUCAUCAGACUUUGGCUCAACAUUUCCUUUACCUUUGGUUUCACUUUCCGGGGUUUCUUUUGAAUCAGUUGGUUUAGAAAAACUUCUUGGGGAGUUUCUAGACUUUCUUCUUGGAUUUGGUUUUGAUGGUCUUCCUGGGGCUUCCUCUUUCGAUUCUGGUUUAGAGACAUCUACUGACUCUGAUUUAAUAUCCACGGCAGGAU